GUCAUUGAAGGCACACGUGACCGAACGUUACCAUGGCAACGCCAAACGACGCUUUAAACACAACAGGAGAGCUAACAACACUGCCGCUCAUAUUAGCAAAACAUGUACAAGGUUGAUCUACCAGGGGAUGAGUCUGUUCUUAAGGUGAUAGAGCGGCGACGGGCCGCAGAGGCGGAGCGCAAGAGCCGCAUAUUCAACUCCAGAGCUCGGGUGAUCGGCCUGGACCUGCCCGUGCUCCACAAACAGUUGGAGGAGAAACGAGAACGACUGGAGAUGGAGAAACAACGAGAUAUGGCUCAUGAUCUUUUACGCUUGUCCCUUGACGAAAUGGCAAUGCAACAACAAAAAGAGCAGGAAGAGUUUCGAGGAAAGUUGUCUCGGGAAUUGAUCCAGUAUAGAGCGAUACAUCAACGUGCAGAGGACAGUCUUGAUGCAGAUAUCAAUUAUGGCCAACAGGGGGCGCAAGAUGUCAACAUUUCUCUCGCAGAUUCUGCACUGGGACCUGCCAGUAUGCAAGUGUUUCAGGGAGAGGGAAUAAAUGAGAAUGAAAGAAAGAGAGCUCAAAUGGAGAUAACUGAGAGAAAUCUGAGAAUUCAAAAGAUGGAGAGAGAAAAACAAGAGAGGGAACAGAAAAAUAGAGAACUUUUGACUAAUAGGGAACUGGUGGAAAAUGACCUAAGGGGAGUACAGUUAGACGCCCUGGAGGAAGAGUGCAAAAGAUCUGCCCGCACUGCACUCAGUCGCUUUCACCAAGCUCAGGCGGAGGAGAGGAUGGAACAGGAGAGACAAGAGAAGUUGAAGCGAGAGGGAGAGAAGCUAGCAGAGGUACAGUACAUGGUGACCUCUGACCUUCUGACAGAGCGACCCGAAGCUGCAAAGAGACAGGCAGCAUGCUCAGCAGGCAGUCCACGAGUCCUGACCGACCGCUGGAAGGGCAUGACCCCACAGCAGCUCAAUGAUAUCCACAAACAUAGAGAGAGACAGUGCUUUGAAAAAGAGAGAUGGAGAGAGAUGGAGAGGCAGAAAGAGCUGACCUGGGAUUGCCAUCUGAUGGAACAGGCCAGGGAUCAGGAGAGAGAAGAGAAAAGAGAGAGGGAACUGGAGAGAGAAAGGAGAGCUCAGCUCGACAAAUACAAUCAACAGUUGGCCAGAGAGCAGCAAGCACACCAACACUACUUGGACAAGCAGCUGUAUACAAACCGGCCAACUGUUCAGUACUUCUCCCAGUUCAGCAGGAGCUCUCGCUAAAGUAACAUCCCAUUUUAUCCUCUCAUCUAACCAUUUUCUUGAUAAAGAAAUAUAGAGAACACAGUAUGUAUUUCUUUGCAGCUUUUUGCUCACACUGCUCUCUGUAAGGGCAGGGUCAAAUAGGUCAAAGGGACAGUUCUGUAUUUGGCAAGCCUCCAUAUGCAAUGUUCACAUGUCUACCCUGUAUGUGCAUUCUCCAGAAAUGUGUUUGUAGGAUUAUGUACAGUAUGAAACUGUAUUUAAGCACUCAUUUUCUCUUAAGCAUUAGAAGGCACAGUUAACAUCUGUGUGUGAACCAAUACGAUCACAUGGGAAAUCGGUAUGUUAGUUUUAAUUUUGUUUUUCAUUCAAAUGUGUACCCAAUGUGCAGAAUUCCAGACAAGCAUCACAAUGUGGCAAAUUUGUAUGCCCCCAAAAAAAAAUCACCCAUGCUACAGCUUUGACAUCACAUCCCUUUUGAUCUCUGAAAAGCGAGAUACUACAUUUGCAAAGAUGUAAGUGAUAGAAUGCUUGUCUUUGUACUGUCACGAUAAGGUUUAGGGAUUGGAGUGUAUUCAUGUAAUAAUACUACUCAGAUGUUUCCAAUAAUUGGACGGACUGUGCCUUUCAUGUCACGCCCCUUCAAAGAAGUGACAGAUCACUGUUUUUGUCUCAGUACUGUUGGGGUUAGGGUUUGGGUUUGGGUUAAGGGUAUAUUUUGGAAUAUUGUGAGUGUUGUGCCUUUCACAUCACAUCCAAAGUGAAAAGGUGCAUCCCAAAUCACAUACUUUUGCAAUAUUCUAUGCUGUUUUGUAGUGCGAGUGGUGUUUUCACACUGAAAAAUGCACCAAGAAUUAAGUGUAUUACAAGUACUGAUAUAGUUCUUCAAAUGAAAUAAUAAAGUGUGGAAUCAGUGGUCACGAUUGUCUGACACAACAACUGUAAUUAAUGGUUAAUAUGAUAACUACUGAAACUUCUGUGAGGACAGAACCUUGGAAAUGUGAUUUGAAUGCUUCACCAUCACCCAGUGUAUAUUUAUCUAAUUUGAGAUAAAGUAUGUGUUUGUAUUAGCUAAUGCGCUAAAGCUAGCAGCAACACUUCCCGUGCAUUGGAAACUUUCGUCGGCUAAAAAACGUGAAUGCUACCGUGUGGUAAAACAUUUUAGUCUCCCAUUUGGGACAACACUACACUUUGGAAAAUACACUAGAUGUGCAUAGUAGCAUGUCAUUUGAAAGUUCACAUACACACAGCUGCAGUCCAGAUAUUCAGAAAGCAUAGACCAAUUUUAGCAGAUAUUUGACCUAUCACCAAUUUUCCUGUUUGUGAAGAUAUGAAGACACAUAACAUAUCAGUGUGUUAACUGUGAAAAGAAGAAUUGAAGAAGAUAAAUAAAAUAAAACACACAUUUUUGGGUCCGAAACUUUGUAGUGGUGUGGUGGUGGCUUAGUGGGCUAAAGUGCUAAACCGUUAAGCAGAAGGUUGUCAGUUCGAUCCCCACAGCCACCACCAUUGUGUACUUGAGCAAGGGACUUAACUCCAGUUUGCUCCAGGGGGAUUGUCCCUGUAAUAAUGGCUCUGUAAUCGCUUUGGAUAAAAGUGUCUGCCAAAUGCAUAAAUGUAAAUGUAUCCUGCUAUCUUCUCUUAUCCUAAACCACGACA